AUGCCCAAUGGCUCAACACACAUAGUGAUCGAGAGCACGCCGCACACGUACCUAGUACAGCGGCAGCACUCUGCGGUCUCGGGCGCGUGGCCAACGAGCGCCGACGCCGACCCAACCCUCACCCUCGCGCCAAUCUUCCCCGCGCUCCGGUCGGCCGCCAUCAUCGACCUGCGCGGCGUCUUCCCGCCCGCGGCGAACGCGCUGUGGGCCGUCCCACAAACAGCGCACACACUCCGCGUGUUCGCCAACAACGCGCUCGUGCCCUCCGGCGUCGCGGGGACGACGGUGCUGUUCCUGUACUUCACGGCACAACAGGCGAUCGACGACGUCGACGACGCGUUCGCGGCGAGCUUGGCCGGGUGUGCGCUGGCGAGCAAGGUCGUCGUCAAUGUCGCCUUUGACCCCGCACUGGACUUUUGGCUCGACGGGCUCGAUGUCGAGGGGGUACGCAUGGCGUGGGAUAUGGGCUUUGGCGCGCGCGAGGUCGUCGUCGUGUUCACGAGCACGAUGCCACCGCCGGACGAGGCAGAGCGGCAGGAGCGACGACCCCGCGGCGGCGACACCGACGGCAUGUACCUCUUCACCAUCUUCCUCCUCCUGCUAGCCAAGAGCGCCGGGGAGGGAAGACGGCUCGUCGUUGUGGGCAUUGACGACGUGCCGGCGCCAUAUGCCGGGUUUGUAGGCGGCGCAGGCGGUGCCGAGGCGCGGGCGAGGGCGGUUAUUGCGGCUGCGCUUGGGGAGGAGGGGGCGGACGCGGCGGUCGAGUUUGUGUCAAGGGGGGAGUACGCCGCGGGUGUCCGCGACGAGGUGUUUGCGCUCGAGACGGGCGAGUAG